AUGUCUCUGCCACUGCUGCUGCUGCUACUGCUGCUGCCUCCAUUCCUGACCCUGGAGCCCGCUGGGGCCUCGCUGAUCCGGAUCCCACUUCGAAGAGUCAACACUGGAUUCAAGGCCCUGAACCCACUGAGGGGAUGGGAGAAGCUAGCGGAGGCCCCCAGGUUGGGAGCUCCAUCCCCUGGGAACAAGUCCCUCUUUGUGCCUCUCUCCAAUUACCUGAACGCCCAGUAUUAUGGGGAAAUUGGGCUGGGGACUCCCCCACAAAACUUCUCUGUCGUCUUUGACACUGGCUCCUCCAACCUCUGGGUUCCGUCGAGACGCCGCUUCUUCAGUCUACCCUGCUGGCUCCACCACCGCUUCAAUCCCAAAGCCUCCAGCUCCUUCCGGUCCAAUGGGACCAAGUUUGCCAUUCAAUAUGGAACCGGGCGCCUAGCAGGCAUCCUGAGUGAGGAUAAGCUGACUAUUGGGGGAAUCACAGGUGCAACAGUGACUUUUGGGGAGGCUCUGUGGGAGCCCAGCCUGGUCUUCACGUUUGCCCACUUUGAUGGGAUACUGGGCCUUGGUUUUCCCGUUCUGGCCGUGGGAGGAGUUCGGCCACCGCUGGACAGACUGGUGGACCAGGGCCUACUGGAUAAGCCUGUCUUCUCCUUCUACCUCAACAGGAACCCUGAGGCAGCUGAUGGAGGAGAGCUGGUCCUGGGUGGCUCAGACCCAGCACACUACAUCCCACCCCUCACCUUUGUGCCAGUCACAAUCCCUGCUUUUUGGCAGAUCCACAUGGAGUGUGUUCAGGUGGGCACAGGGCUGACUCUCUGUGCCCGGGGCUGUGCUGCCAUUCUGGACACAGGCACAUCUCUCAUCACAGGACCCACUGAGGAGAUCCGGGCCCUGCAGAAAGCCAUUGGGGCAGUCCCCCUGCUGAUGGGGAAGUACUACAUCAAGUGUUCGAAAAUCCCAACGCUCCUCCCAGUCUCCUUCCUUUUGGGGGGGGUCUGGUUUAACCUCACGGCCCAGGACUACGUCAUCCAGAUUACUCGGAGUGGCUUCAGUGUCUGUUUGUCCGGCUUCAUGGCUCUGGACGUGCCUCCGCCCUCAGGGCCCUUCUGGAUCCUCGGUGAUGUCUUCUUGGGUAGCUAUGUGGCCGUCUUCGACCGUGGCGACAGGAAAAGCGGCGCCCAAGUGGGGCUGGCCCGAGCUCGACCUCGACCUCGCGGAACAAGACAGUGA